AUGGCCUGCUGGCAUCUGGCCCUCCUUCUGACUGGGGCCCUCCUGUCCGUCUCUCAGCCAGGCUUGGCCCAGCCAGAUGCACUGCUGGUCUUCCCAGGCCAGGUGGCCCAACUCUCCUGCAUGCUCAGCCCCCACCAUGCCACUGUCGGGGAGUAUGGCGUGUCUUGGUAUCAGCAACAGGCAGGCAGUGCCCCCCGAUACCUCCUCUACUACCGCUCAGAGGACGACUACCACCGGCCGCCUGACAUUCCUGCCCGCUUCUCGGCAGCCACAGACGCCGCCCACAAUGCCUGCAUCCUGACCAUCAGCCCCGUGCAGCCUGAGGACGACGCAGAUUAUUACUGCUCUGUGGGUUACACAUCCUAGGGGUGGAGUGUAGGAUGAGUGCCUCUCGUCUGCCUCUCAUUUCUGCACUCUGACCUUGGGCCCCCCCUCUUUCUUCAAACCUUGAUAUUGCUCCUCUGUAAAAUGGGUUAAUAAUAUUAAACCUGUAAAAAAU